CUCAGCCUCUUACACUAAAAACACAUUCUUCUUGCUAAUAGGAAGCCAAAGUCCACCUGUGGGACACUUCCUGAAUUCACAUUUAGCUGAGCUCUGCCUGGCUCUUAUGUCACGCAUGUUUGUAGGAAUGCUAUCUGCUGGUUUGGCCACAAGAUCACAAACUUGUAAUAGGAUCUUACCAGCCCUUGAACUGCAACAUUUCAAGACACCAAGCAUGGAAUAUUAAUAUUUAUGUAUCACUAACCCAGAUGGAUAAUCUACAGGGACAGCAGCCCAGGAAGUACCGAUUGUAGAAGUAAGAUACCGCUGGGGUCCUAGGACUAACCAGCACCUUGGAGAGGAGAUCACAUGGCAAGCAAAGGUAUGUGAUUCAUUUUGAGUGAUUUCCCCCCACUUGUUUUGAACUGGCUGUGCAGUUUAGAUACAAAUACCCAUUGUGCUCUGAUAGCAGAUGCUGUAAACGGAAAAAGGCAUACAUGAAUCGUGUGCACUGUGUGCUGUAUGACUGAGGAAUUUCUACAUUCACUUUUAGGCUAGGCACCUGAGGCAACAUUUAGUAAAUACCUGACAGCCGUCCCAGAGUUCAGUAAUGACUUUUAGUAUUGUUUUAUUGCACCAAUUUCUUUCUACAAUCUCCAGGUUCACAUUAGAGAAGAUUACUGCUUGCAUGUGUUUUAAAUGGAAGGUUGUUAUACUCUUGUGCUUUAUUUUUACAGUAUUUAUCAAGCUCCCUUCUGACAUCCUAUUUUUGUUUUAUAAUGACAUAGUUACAUUGUUGCUGUGGAGCAGAUCGUUUAAACCCUGACUUGUAACUUGUAGCAUUCCUGUUCUGUAAGUCAAUUCAAUUAGCUAACAAACAUUUCCUUCAAGGUUCCUCAUUUAAUGAAUUGAUUUAAUAACAUAUAUAUUGCAGGACAGACAUUCCGUGUGUUAUUACUCGUGUGAGAGUAAAUUGUGGCCAUAAAAAUAUGACAAUGGAAAAAAUAUAGUAAAAAUUAAAUGCCUUAAAAACAUGAAAAAAAAUACUUUAGAAUAAUGAAAGUGGUGAAUAUAUUGCACAGAAGUGAGUAAAAAAAUGCAAAACACAGGCCUAUAUUUAUAAAAUAAGUAGCAUGUUUAACAAAUUAACUACAGUAUGUUUUGGUUAAAUACAUUAGAUACAUUGCCAUGUUAUUAAUAUACCAAAAAGUGCUAUAUUGUGAAUAUAUUUGCAAAUUACGAUUGUAAUAAACCUUCUCCAGUUGAUUUAUAAAAUAUUUGACACUAAAUGGCAACAAAUAGCAGUUAUCAAUAUGUAAUUUAUAUGCAGUAUAAUUUUACGUGUGGGAAGUAUAACUGUAGCGGGAAAAGCAUUUUCUAAAAGGUAAUAAAAAGGUCAAUGAGCUACAUCAUUAAAUGCAACACUGUGCUGGCACAGCCUGGCAUCUGAUUAUAGUUGCCUGAUCCACCAUGUUUUCACAGAUCUCUUAUACAUAUUGAUGUAGUAUGUAGAAUUAAAAUGAUGCAUGUAAGAAAUGUAUUCAUUAAUCAAAGAGGAGCCUUGCUGCAUGUGAAUGCUACAUACUACAGGAAAGUGCUACCUGUGUGUGUCCAAGAAAACAUGGUAAAUUUGGUGCGUUAAAUACCCCAUAAUUCACUAGCUCAGUGAUGGCUAACCUUGACACUAAAAGCUAGCUGAGCACCAUGGGAAAUGUAGUCCAGAAACAAUUUAUGGUGUCAAUGUUAGCCAUCACUGCUCUAGCUCAACCCCUGACUGUGUAUGUAGGAAAUGGUGAAUAUGAUGGCGGGCAAGCAGAUGUGAAAGCACAGAGCAUCUUGGGAAGAUGGCAUCCCCUGUGGGCCAGAUGUGCAGCUGAAGAAUGUUCUAUAUUUACCUCCCUGCGGUGAAAGCAUUAACCAACAUAAAGCUGACAAUUCCUCUUUGAGAGGAAGUAAAAAAAGAGAUUCUGAGGAUUCACAAUAAAAUGUUUUGCCAGUGACCCGUUUUCCCCAUGUAUAGAAAUCCUUGCUAUUAUUACCAUGUUAGACUUUGCUUGCGCAUCGCCCGAUCAAUAAAACUCUUUGCUGAACCUGGUGGUUAUUACGCUUACGCUAGGUUACCCACAUGCACGGAAUGUUUAUAUGAAAUUACUGUUCAGGCCUUUAUGAAUCACCUUGUAUUGACAUUUGUUUGGGUAAUUACUUUUAUCUACUAAGUUUGACCUCAUAAAACAAUAAAAGGUUUAAUUUGCAUUGGUAUACCUAUAACUUUCCCAGUAGCUAGGUGUAAUCUUAAUAAAGUUCCAGGAGCACUAACCAAUGAGUAACAACAUAAAUGAGCUUUGUCUAUGCCACUGAGACAGUGUAGAGGCAGCACAUGGGGCCUAUUUCUCUGACACAGCACAAUACAAAAACAAUAUUCGGGAAUCAGCUAAGCAUCUAGAGAGGAAAAAAUAAACCAAACAUAGUGAAGUAUAGUAUGAUACAACAAGAAAUGCGCUUCUUAGAAUGCACUCACAAUGUGUAUGUGAAAUUGCACCUUGGGGUGCCUCCGUUGAUAAAGGCUGAGGGCUAUCACCUUCUUUUAGGUCCUCCUGCUGCGGGUAGAAUCCAUGAUAAAUCAGAAGACCAAGAUAUCUUUCUCUAUGCUUCAAUAUGAUUUAUUUGGCACAAAUUGGUUUUAAAAACAAUAAAGUUAUAUAAAAAUUCUGUCCAACACGUUUCUUCCACUUAUGUGGACUUCUUCAGGGUCAACAAUAAAAUAAUACAAAUAUUUCAAACAAAAACACCCAUUAGUUGUCAAGCUGUGUAAUAACACCUUCCCCCAGGUCCUUUAAAUAGGGCUAAUCCAUUUAAGUCAUUGGUGGUUCAAUGGGCGUGAGCCCUUUACUUGCUCUUGAUUCCUCCAAUUCUGAUGUUUCCCGAGUUCUUUCUCCAUUUUUAAUAUGAUUUAUUUGGUACAAAUUGGUUUUAAAAACAAUAAAAAUAUAUAAAAAUUCUGUCCAGUGCGUUUCUACCACUUCAGGGACAACAAUAAAAUAAUACAAAUAUUUCAAACAAAAACACUCAUUAGGUGUCAAACUGCCUAAUAACCCCUUCCCUCAAGUCCUUUAACUAGGGCUAAUCCCUUUAAAUCAUUUGUGGUUCAUUGGGCGUGAGCCCUUUACUUGCUCUUGAUAGGGUGGUAUUCCUCCAAUGUUUCCUGGGUUCCCACCUCACUCCCAGCUGAUUCCUUUUGUGCUUGUUGGAGAUUGUGUUCCGGAAUGCCAUCCUGCGUUCCAGCGCCAUUUCGGUUGCAUUCCACCACUCCAUCUAAUUUGCAAUCAAAUGUUCUCAUGCAUCCACAAGCUUUAAAUUAAAAGUACAAUAACUGGGCAAGAAUUUCUGAUUAAAUCAGCUGUAGAUUGACGCACGGACUUUGUGGUAUAUUUACUGGAAUGUCCGUGCGGCAAACAAUAUGUGGGAAGGACAAAAAGAGUUUAGAAGGUGAGGGUAUUGGAGCAUAUCAACACUAUAAAGAAAGGCCUGUUGACCCACUCUGUUCUGGUGCACUGUAGUCUAUGCCCCUCCUUCAACUGGAAUACUUCACUAUGUUUGGUUUAUUUUUUCGUUAACCUGUGAAGAAUUCCUGGUCCCUAGGCAGCUGCUUAAUGUCUGCUAAUCCCUCAAAAGAAAAUACAUGUCUUUGAUUGCUUGCACAAACACACUUUAUUAGGUUCCCCUGCUAUCCUCCUGAGUAUAUGGCUUUCUGGUACUGUUUGGUGUUUUAUAAUUUUUAUGUGAUCAAUUAUCACCCAGAGACGCAAUAAAAAAGCAUGCACACUACCCACAAUUGUCCUCCUGCAUGCAUGCUGUGCAUGUACAUGUAUUUACAGGAAACCACAUAUAUAUGCAUACACAUUCACAUGCAACACAAAUACACCAACUGUAUUGCUGCCUGUAAAAUAGGAUAUUAAAAUGUAUUCUUGCAUUAAACUGCACAUGCCAGGGGCUUCAUUUUGCCCGAAGGAGUACUGUACUGGUAAGCAUUCCUGCUUGUAACUGGUAUGUAGUUGACGAGCAGGUUACCUGUGAUCCUGACACAGGUCUUGUGUGCGCAGGUUGUAGUACAGGUUGUUCAGUAUAAUAUCCCAGCUCUGUGAGCCUCAGCUAGCAGAGUGUGCUGAACAAUGAGCAGAGAAGAUAGAGGUCUGUACCAUAGCACUCCAUAUUCUUUGCACUCAAUUCACCUGCUGAUUUUUUUUUAGAUAACAGGGAAUAAAGCCAUUUGCCUUUUUUACUUUAUCUUAAAUUUUAUCUCCCUCAAGGAGAAACGGGGGAGGGAGGAGAGGAGUUAGGAUAAUUAAAUAUGAGGAAAGGGAAAAAAUUUCUCUGAGUAGAGUUUCACACACCAAAAUUAAGCCCAGGGUUGUGGAUUUUGUUCUUUACUGGAAUAUAGCACAAGCUAAGAACCCUGUUCUCAACUCAUACUCUUCAACAAAGGUAUUUAAUGUUUUCGGUUCGGUUCUUAAUUUUCUGUUGUGUUCCUUUGCAUCCCUCUGAAGUAUAUGCAGGUUAGCCUUUUGUCCUAAGUCAUACAGUGUGGUCCUACAGUCCGUCCACAUAUCAUAUAGUUAAUAGAUUGGAUGGUUUUGGUUUCUGUGUCUUACAUGAGUAGUAUGCUAAAAUAUUUUAAAGUUAUAUUAAGUUCCUGUUGUCUACAUUACUGUUCACUAAUAAUCUGUUCCAUGUCGGCUUCAUCUUUACUUAAAACUACAGCUUAGAAGCUGAAGCCUAAACAUUUAAGUGAUGUGACCAUGCUCAAAAUAACAAAAGCUGUUUACCCCCUGAAGUGAUAUUCUUAUGGAUCAUGCUCCUGUGUUCAUUUUCUGUUGUGAGCAAGAUUGCAUAUACAUGUAGUGCUUACAUAUUUGUCUUCUAUAGACUUGCACACAUUGCCUGCAAAUCUGAUGAGUUUAGUUGUGUGAAUUUAGUGUAUCAAUGAUCAGCCUAAGAAUCACUAUGGAAAUCAAAGGGGAAUUGCUUCACCAACUCAAUUUUGAGUUGGUGGUAAAAAUUGGGUAAACCGACAAGUAGUGUAGAAAAGUUACUGGUUUUGUUCAUUAUACAAAUUAAAUGAGAUGCUAAAAUUGGUAACUGUUCUUUUUUUCUAUUAAGGAAAGCAAGAGUCUGAAAAGGUAAAAGAGGGGGAACAGAAAAGAUCUGCCUUUGAUCUGUUUUUUAACCCAUUGCAAAGAAAGAAAAAUGAUAAUCCCGAGAAGACGAAAAAUAAUAUUUUCCAAGUAAACAGAUUCUUCAGGGGAUUUGACAGAAAAUCUUCAAAAACUGACAAGGAAAAUGAACCACCAGAAGAGAGUGCACCAUCGGUUGAUCCCACACCUGACAAUGUGAAUGUGAAUCCUGAUGCAGGUACAUGCAAUUAGCAUGAAGUUUACAAAGUAAAACUCUGCUUGCUCUGCGUGGUCUGGUUAAGACAUAUUUUAUUUAAAUUCACGGUACAGUAGUGUCACUUGGGUAAAGAUGGAAGCUCUAAGUGCAGGACACUGGGAAAUAAGGGUAAGGUCCGUUCCAAGGCCAAAGGUCCAAAAUGAGCAGUAGGUCUGAAGCAUAUAAACAUAUGGGUAAAUCCAAGAUACACAGUCAAGGUAUAAAAACCAAAGGCUAUAACAGGCACGCAACACAGAAUAAUUGUGAAAUAUUUUACACUAACGGAGAGCACAGAACGUCUGAGCAACUUGCUCAGGUCACUCUGUGCUCUUGAAGUGAGAAUCGUCAUUCCUGUACUGCUCCAAACUCCCAAGGUGAGCCAGGACUCCAACAAUAGCCUGGGUGCUGAGAAUGUACCAGUCUGGGUGCAGGGUCCUAGGGAAGUAUGCUGCCCCAGAUGGAGAAAUGGAUCGUUGCUACAGGUCCACGGACAACUGGUGAGGACAGUGUCUGAUUCCGACCUGUCCUGAUCGGCAUUGAGGUACCUCCAACAUCCCGUCUCCUUUUCAGCGCAAAGUUGAUUUGGUUUGAUAGAUUAAGUUAUUGAGGUGGAAGCGAUAACGGACAUGGAAAAUAUAGUUUUCCUCCUGGUUAGUGUAAUACAACAGGGUUUUUUUGGUUGAACCCUUUUAUUUGUGUUCCCUAUUGUGUUCUCAAAAAAUGUACAACAAAUUCUGUUUAAACUAGAGGUGUACUUAUGUACCCCAUACACCAUUGUCAUUGUCUUCAGGAGAAGUUUAGGUCAGACCACUGGUCGUUUAAAUGGGUCUAUUGAGAGAUACAUCUUUUUAAAAGGGGCUGUGGGUACUGAGAAUCCAGAAAAAGAGAGAGUGAACAAACCUGGCUGGGUCUUUUUAAAUAUGACACUUUGAGCAUUGAAUUAAGAUUGCCCAUCUAAAACACGAAUAGUCCUUUUUCUGUGAAGAAUAGGAAAAACCUGUCUGUUAGGUCAGCGGCUGUCCUUUUUAUUCUUUUAGAGAACUUUCCUGUUCUGUUGUAAUGCUACCGUGGUCUGAUCAGGAAUAGCUGAUAAUAUACAUGGUAAAAAGUGUUUAAACAUAUACGCAAUAAGGUUUAAUUUACCUUUGUCCUUAUAUACACUGUCUACAUCAUUAUAUCUAGUGGCAGAUUGUAUGUUUGAUGAUAUUGAAGUCUUAUGACAUGUUUUUCAUGCUAUUUUUCUUUCUUCUUCUCUUAUUGAAUAAAAGAAACAGAACCUGAUCCAAAGUUAUCCGACUGGUGGAAAGUCGAGCAGUUUAUGCAGAAAUUCGGAAAAAAAGCAGAAAGCACGUCAAUCAACAUUAACAACUGUGACCUGACACAAACUGACAUGAAAGAACUCAGUAGGUCUAAUCACAUUCUAUAGUUCUAUGUCCCUUUAAUGAAAUGUUUAUGAAAGGGCUAGGUGAAAACUCUAAUUUCAUCCUUGCAGGAAUUUAGCAAAUAAAGUAUAUAUUGUGGGUGGCUGUCUUAUAAGGACUGAAGCAUCAUCCUCUGCCAUCAGGGCCGGACUGGGAAAAAAAUUCGGCCCGGGCAUUUUUUUAUCACAGCGGCCCACUAAGAAGGGGGCGGGGCAGAGAGGGUGUGUUUUGUCAUCACUCAUGACAAACACGCCCCCUCUCAAAGUGAGCAUGUUGGUUCAAUGCUCUUCCAGGGCAGACCAUGCGCAGAGCUCUGCUGAAGAGCUCUAGCAUGAGAAAAAAGCCCUGUAUUUGUUCUGCACAGUGCAAGCAAAUUUAAUAACAUGCUUGCACUGUGUUUCCUUGCAACUUGUCUCUGGUGUCUCUAUAAAUGGAUACCAGGAGACAAAAGGGCCAGGAAAGAGUAUUGUGCAUGUGUUUGGAGCCUGCUUGGGGUAUUGCGUGUGUGCAGAGUGAGCUGGUCGUGGUGUGGUAUUGUGUAAUAAGGUCGGUUUUAGUCGUGUUGUGUUUGUGGUGUAAUGUAAUGCAUAUGUGGCUAGGGGCUGUAGAGAAUGUGUGUAUAGGGGAUAUAGCAAGUGUGUGCAUAUAGGCUAUAGUGUGUGUGUGUGUGUGUAUAGGUGAUGUAGUGUUUGUAGAGAGUGUGUGUUCAGGGAAUGUAGUAUGUGUUUGCUUACAAGGAAUCUAGUGUGCAUAUAGGGGAUCCAGAGUGUGUGUGUGUGUGUGUGUGUAUAUAUAUAUAUAUAUAUAUAUAUGUAUAUAUAUAUAUAUGAGUCUUAUGUGUGUUUGAAGGACCCAGACUAUGUAUAGGAGAUCUAGUGAGCGUGCGUAUAUAACGGAUUCAGAGUGUAUAUAGUGAUCUAGUGUGUGUAUGUGUGUAUAUGAUCCAGAGUUGGCUAAAGGAUCUAGUGUGUGUCUGGAAUGUAAUGUGUUUAGGGGUGCAGUGUGUGUGUGAGGGGUGCUGUGUGUGUGUGAGGGGUGUUGUGUGUAUGUGUAUAUAUAUAUAUAUAUAUAUAUAUAGUUUAUAUAAAUAUGUUUGGAAGUAUUGUGUAUGUGUGUGAUGCAGUGUAUCAGGGGGCUGUGUGUGUAUGUGUGGGGUGCAGUAUGUGUGUGUGAUGGAUGCUGUGUGUGAGGUGUGAUGUGUGUGCUGUGUGUGUGAGGGUGCUGUAUGUGAUUGAUUUGUGUGAGGGUGCUGUGAGUGUGGGUGCUGUGUAUGAUGUGUGUGAGAGUGUUGUGUGUGAUGUGUGUGAGUGCUGAGUGUGAUAGUGCUGUGUAUGAUGUGUGUGAGUGUUGAGUGUGAUAGUGCUGUGUAUGAUGUAUGUGAGUGUUGUGUGUGAUGUGUGUGAGUGCUGAGUGUGAUAGUGCUGUGUAUGAUGUGUGUGAGUGCUGAGUGUGAUAGUGCUGUGUAUGAUGUGUGUGAGUGCUGAGUGUGAUAGUGCUGUGUAUGAUGUGUGUGAGUGCUGAGUGUGAUAGUGCUGUGUAUGAUGUGUGUGAGUGCUGAGUGUGAUAGUGCUGUGUAUGAUGUGUGUGAGUGUUGAGUGUGAUGGUGCUGUGUAUGAUGUAUGUGAGUGUUGUGUGUGAUGUGUGUGAGUGCUGAGUGUGAUAGUGCUGUGUAUGAUGUGUGUGAGUGCUGAGUGUGAUAGUGCUGUGUAUGAUGUGUGUGAGUGUUGAGUGUGAUAGUGCUGUGUAUGAUGUAUGUGAGUGUUGUGUGUGAUGUGUGUGAGUGCUGAGUGUGAUAGUGCUGUGUAUGAUGUGUGUGAGUGCUGAGUGUGAUAGUGCUGUGUAUGAUGUGUGUGAGUGUUGAGUGUGAUAGUGCUGUGUAUGAUGUAUGUGAGUGUUGUGUGUGAUGUGUGUGAGUGCUGAGUGUGAUAGUGCUGUGUAUGAUGUGUGUGAGUGCUGAGUGUGAGCGCUGUGUGUGAGUGCUGUGUAUGAUGUGUGUGAGUGCUGAGUGUGAUGUGUGAGUGCUGAGUGUGAUAGUGCUGUGUAUGAUGUGUGUGAGUGCUGAGUGUGAUGUGUGUGAGAGUGCUGAGUGCUGGGUGUGAUAGUGCUGUGUAUGAUGUGUGUGAGUGCUGGGUGUGAUAGUGCUGUGUAUGAUGUGUGUGAGUGUUGAGUGUGAUAGUGCUGUGUAUGAUGUAUGUGAGUGUUGUGUGUGAUGUGUGUGAGUGCUGAGUGUGAUAGUGCUGUGUAUGAUGUGUGUGAGUGUUGAGUGUGAUAGUGCUGUGUAUGAUGUGUGUGAGUGCUGGAGUGUGAUGGUGCUGUGUGUAUGAUGUGUGUGAGGUGCUGAGGUGUGAUGUGUGUGGGAGUGCUGGAGUGCUGGGUGUGAUGGUGCUGUGUAUGAUGUGUGUGAGGUGCUGGGUGUGAUAGUGCUGUGUAUGAUGUGUGUGAGUGUUGGGUGUGUGAUAGUGCUUGUGUAUGAUGUAUGUGAGUGUUGUGUGUGAUGUGUGUGAGGUGCUGAAUGAUAGUGCUGUGUAUGAUGUGUGUGUAGGUGCUGAGUGUGAUAGUUGCUUCCUUGUAUGAUGUGUGUGAGUGCUGAGUGUGAUAGUGCUGUGUAUGAUGUGUGUGGAGUGCUGAGGUGUGAUGUGUGUGCUUGAGGAGUGCUGAGGUGUAAGGUGUGAUAGUGCUGUGUAUGAUGUGUGUGGGUGCUGGGUGUGAGGAGUGCUGUGUGUGUAUGAUGUGUGUGAGUGCUGAGUGCUGGGUGUGAUAGUGCUGUGUAUGAUGUGUGUGAGUGCUGAGUGCUGGGUGUGAUAGUGCUGUGUAUGAUGUGUGAGAGUGCUGAGUGCUGGGUGUGAGAGUGCUGUGUAUGAUGUGUGUGAAGUGUGUGAGAGUGUUGUGUAUAAAUGUUGUGUGUUGGGGGUAAAUAAAUAAAAAAUUAAGUGGGGGAAAUAAACAAUAAAAAAAAAAUAAACAAAAAAAUAAACAAUAAAAAAACUAAGCAAAAAAAAAACAACUAAAUCCCCCCCUCCCUUCUUACCUUUAGCCUGGGGGGGGCAGGCCCGUGGUAGCUGGGAUGGGGGGGGGCACAGGCACUCGUACACGAUCCCUGGCGGUCCAGUGGUGAGUGAACACUCUCGCGAGAUCGGGGUGUUGCCCUGGCAACGCUCCCGAUCUCGCGAGAUGAACCCGGCGGAGCUGCAAGAUAGAGCUCCGCCGGGUCCUCUCCCUCCCUCCCCAGCCACAGGUCUGUUUAAAUGGGCCGGUGAGGGAGCUCUUUGAUCUCCCCAUCGGCCCUCCAUGGAAGACAGCGGGGCCGGCGCUCGGAUAGUGCCGGCCCUGCAUAGACCGGCAGGGGAGAUCCUGGGACCUCCCCUGCCGGCCUCGGCCCCACGGCCACCGCGGCCCACCGGGCAUUUGCCCGCUGUGCCCGAUGGCCAGUCCGGGCCUGUCUGCCAUAUUGCUUUGUUUAUGAACAUCUUUAUCACAUGCUGGUCUAUCUACUGGUCUAUAUGAACACGUGAAUAUAUAUAUCUACAAUUAUGUUGAUCUAACCACAUUGCUAUUUCAUGCCUCCCAAGUGUCCCUAUUUAGGAAGUAUAGUUCAUAUUUUGAGCCAAAUACCUCUGUCUCUUUUAUUAUUGUAAUCUACCUCUUUUUAGGAGCUCCAUAUUGCAGGAGUUUUUGAAUGUGUAACAGAGCUCCACAUAAAUAAUACUCCCAGUAAUGUGCCUUUAAACUACAAUAAAUGCUUUUAGAAAUCAGUAAGAGUCAUUGAUUUUUUUAAAUUACAUUUAAAGUAAGUUACAUAAAACUUCUCAAAAGAGCCCACCCCUGGCCACACUCACACCCAUAAACUUAAAUUGUCCCUCUUUGUCCAUCCGAAAUGUUUGGAGGUAUGAUAUUUGAGCCGCUAAAUCGGUAUAUGUUUAAGAAAGCUGUGACCCUUGGGUUAAUCCCCCUCCCCGCAGCCCCCCUCCAAUGCUCUUUGGGUACUGUUGGAUUGGAAUAAUUUUUUACAUUUGGAAAUGCAGAGUUAUGAAUGCAAUGGGUGUUGGCCUCCCCUGGUUUAAGAAAAUUAUCCAAAAUGGUUUGACAGAAAACUGUGAGGACAGUGCCCAUAUAGACAUCACACCAUAACUAUUAGACCGUCCUGCAGUGAUUAUGGUACUUUGAAGGCUCCAUUAAGAAUCACAGUCUGAGUCCUCUUGUUUUAACUCCACACUCAUCAGGUUUAUUGAUAAGCUGAUACAGUAUGUUCCUUUUGAGUGGCACACACUAAUUAUUAUUCUCUGCUUUUCUUAGGCUUACUGGUCUCUUUUCUUCCCGAUGCGGAAGAAAUUGACCUUUCUUGGAAUGAUUUGAUUGGUGGAUCAAUACAUUUACUGACCUCCCAAUUCCAACAUGUCUGCAAUCUGAAAAUACUGAGUUUAAGUAACUGCAGUCUUACAGAGAAGGACUUCACUGCCUUAGGUAAAAUGCCUUGAUCUCCUGUCUGACUGCAUUUUGUCACUUAGAUUCCAUUCUAUAGAAUUGGGAAACAUUAAUAAAAUUAUGGUGAGAACUUUGUUCAGGAAACUAAUUUUGAGCGUUAAUAACACCGAAUCUUCAGUGUAUGGGAUCUCUAGCUUAUUGUGAAUUGUGGAACUGAGCUGACCACACCCACUGCGCUAAGCAACUUUAUAAUAAAUAUAUCUGGAAUAAGUAACAUCCAUGGGACUACUCUUUUCAAUAAAAAUUGUCAAGAAAAAUAAAACUUUGUAUUAAAUAAAUUGGAAUGCAGCUAUGAUUUAAUAAGGAAUAGUAAUAAUAAUAAUUAUUAUUAUUAUAAUGAGAGACAAAAAGGCUGUAUCCACUAAACUUGGAAUUGGAUAUGAUUGACAAAGGAGAAUUGCCUUGUUAAUCCACCACAAUUCACGGUUUUAUGGAUAAUCCUCAAAUUGCAAUCUAAUGCAUCAGUUCUUCUACCUUGGAACGGGGAUUGACAUUGCUGGUUCCCUUUGAGCAUGGCACAUGGUCACAUAUAUGAACCAAGACGAAAAGGAGAAAAUAUAGGGAUAGUCAUUAAUGUCAGAACUGUAAUGGAUUAACAAGGAGAUUGCAAACCAAAAAUCAGAACAGCAAAACUGCAGAAAUUUCUAAAUCCUUUUUUUUUUUUUCAGCUGACUUUUUAUUUAUUUUUUGCUUAAUAAUUACAAUCACCACGUUAUUACAAUUGCCAGACUACUUAAUAGAUUGUAAAUUUGUUUGGACAGGGCCCUCUUCACCUUCUGUUUCGUUAUGCAAUUCAUGUUUUCUUAGACUUUAAUGUUUGUUUUGUUUAGCUGCGGACUAUGUUGGCACUAUAUAAAUAAUUGUAACGGUAAACCAUGUUGCUCUCUCUCCGUACUUGGGGUUGCACUUUACAGCUUACUACCCCAGUAGAAUUCUUAUGAUCCAAGAAUCCAACACAGGGACUUUCUCAAUUGCCUUAAUCUGCCCUGAUGCACAUGUAGGUCCCACAAUUAUGCUAAACAUUACAUAUUAUUCUUUUUACAUUUGUUUACAUUUAAGGUGCGGGAGAAAUAUCAUCCCUAAUGCUGUAUUGCUGUAGGAAUUUCACUGCCUACACCGCCUCCCUAAAGAUAAAUAUGAGACUGUAUAAUGCAAUAUAAUUUGCACUUGUCCAUUUACAUUGGGUGGAUUGGUUGUAUCUAGGAAGGCUGCCAGGCUUCACAUAAGCUUUUAAAGGGACCGCACAUUUCAAAAACGAAUUGCUGUGUAUCUGGGUAGCUAAACACAAAGUUUCUUAAUUUGAUAAGUCUACUACAUUCCCUAUCAAAUAUGUAAACCCACACUUGUCAUCAGUGAAUUGAACCCAUGCUUCAAACUAUGGGAAAAUGUACACUAACAAUUUAGCAUUCCAACAGAUUUUAAAAAGAAGAAAUAAGGGGAAGGGAAUAAAAUGAAUGGGUCAAAUGUACAAUUAAAUAAAGCAUUAAUCAUGCUACUUUGUUAAUGUGCACAUUGCAUUUGCUGAUAAAGUAUUCAAAUAAAACACUAUUUCAGAAAUGUAAGUCUAGAACAGUGAUCUGUAUUCCUUGCACUCAAUCUGGUUUUAGUCACGUGCAAUGAUGAGGAAAUAUUUUAGUAAAUGCUUUAUAUCUCAGACUGGGCAUGUGGCAGACUUGUCAGAUCGACAAAAUAAUGUUAUUAAAUUAAGCCAUCUUUACUGCUAUUUUUAGCUAUAGUAUAAUAAAGAAACAAAAACAAAUUACACAAAAAUAGACAAAUUGCUGAUAAAAAUGUCAGAUAGGAGUAGAUCAUUUUACAUGAUGCAUUUAAGUUUAUGAUAGCCAGUUGGCAUAACUGUUUUGCUUUAUUUUAGGUGAGUCCUUUAACUUGAUUCCUCAUUUAGAAAGUUUGGAUUUAUCAUGGAACAGUAACCUAGGAUGCAGUCUGUUCAGAAUCUCUCAACAUGUACCAGGUCAAUCCAGUAUAAGGACCUUGAACCUAACAGAAUGUAACCUCAAAUUAGCCGAUGGAGACUCUCUAGGUAAGACAUCUUUGUGUAUUUGUGCGUGAACCUUACAGGUUAGUUUUGUUUUUCUGUGCUCUUAUAAUAAAUGUUAAUGUAAUUUUUAAGACUGAGAGAAAUGUUCUAUAUAAAGGUUGUGUCUGACCCAUGAUACAUAUUAUUAUAUUUAGUUAUAAAGCGCCAACAAAUUUUGCUUUGUUAUACAAUAGCUGUACUAACUAACAAGUAGUUGCAACUGGACAAGUCAGACAUACAGGCACUGAGAGCCCUGCUUAAGCUUACAUUCAUGAGGCAUUGGUAUAAAAUGACAUAAUAGGCAAAAGUAAUAUGUAUUUCAUGUAAUGAAAAAGUAGGUUGCUAGGUCUAUUACAAUGAAGGUCUAGUUUAUUUGCAGGAGAGAAGAGGGGUUAGUGAGGCAUGUGAAGGGAAAGUUGUUAACAGUUUAAAAAAAUUUAGUUUUCACUGCAUUAUUUUGAUGGAUCUGAGACUGGGUGAGAGUCUCAAGGAGCGGGGAAUGGUAUUUCAUAGGAACAAUGCAGCCCUAGGGAUGUCUUGAUGGCUAGAGUCAAAGGUGUGAAUACGAACAGAGGAUAGGGGACUGGAUGGGACACACUUGUGUAUUAGUAUGGAUAGACAGGAGCAGAAGAGAUUUGUAAGCGAAAACCAGAAUUUUAAAUUGAGACUUGAAUCUUAUGGGAAGCUAAUGUAUGGACUGACAGAGGGGGAGAGGUGUAGUUGGUUCAGACUAUGAGCAUUCAUUACAGACUCUAGCAGAGAGAGCUGGGACCAAUGAGAAGCAGAUUGCAGUAAUCAAGGCAGGAGAUUAUAGCAGCAUGGAAAAGCAUCUCAGCUGCAUUCGGUGUUAAGUAGGGCCAGAUACAAAAUGUUUUUGAGAUGGAAUUAAAAGGAUUUGGAGACUGACUGCAUAUGAACGAUGAAGGAUAGGAUGGAAUUGAAGUCAACUCUAAGGAAGCAGUCUGUGAGAUAGGGUCAUCCAGGGCCAGAUUAAGAGCCCAGUGGGCCUGGUGCUGACAAUUAUGACGGGCCUAAUUACAGAAUCAUAUCGACCAAAAACAGUAAAACACUCCCAAGCAUCAUGUAUCUGAUGGAGAUGGUGCUGGAGAGAAAGAAAACAGCAGCUAUAAGAAAACACAUACCCUAGGCUAAUCUCUCACUAAUUUAUGUUUUCAUCUUUCAAGUAAAUCCAUAACCCCUAACAGCAGUGUCCAGUCAAGUAGGAAGUCAAUGGGCAUGGUAAAAGGGUGUGCCACUGACACAAAUCACAUAACCUGCCAAAAGGGGCGAACAUGCCCAAAAAGAGGACAUGUCUGCUCAAAGAAUUAGAAGACCAGCCUGGCAUGUCAGGCUGCCUGCCAAUCAUGCAGCUGGCCAACUAAGGGCAUACUAUGCAGACAGCACCCUGAGCUUGGCAUAAAUGCAUCUAAUGAUGCGCUCACUCAACGCUUUCUAAGGACUGUCCCCUAGCACUCGCUGGUCCACUUGUCUCCUUACCUUCUUACUAGCAGGCAGAAGCUCCUGGUAUAUGGUCCGGGACAGAGAAAAGCUGUAUGUAGUGAGUGUAGAAGAAAGGGAACAUGCCACAGUGUUAGAGAGACCAAAGUCAGCAUUACCACAAGCAUGAAUUCAUGACCCUAUAGUGUUAACACCACCAUCUAGCCCCCCUGGGCCCCUCAUGCCUCCAUAAAUAUAGCAAAAUCCUACUAUAUUCAAGCCUGAAGCUUUAACUCUGCAUGCUGUUAGACUCAUAAAAACAAGCAGUCUGCUGACAUCAUUAGAAGUGGUGGCCUGAUCCAAUCACAGUGCUUCCCCAUAGGAUUGGCUGAGACUGACAAAGAGGCAGAUCAGGGUCAGAGCCAGCAUGAUUUAAACACAGCCCUGGCCAAUCAGCAUCUCCUUAUAUAGAUGAAUUUAAUUAAUGAAUCUCUAUGAGGAAAGUUCAGUGUCUACAUGCAGAGGGAGGAGACACUGAAUGUUUGGAUGCAUUUUAGGCAGCCAUGACCCAGGAAGGAUCUCUAACAGUCACCUAAGGAGUGGCCAGUGAAGUUAUCACUAGGAUGUAAUGUAAACACAGCAUUUUCUCUGAAAAGACCAUGCUUACAGCAAACAGCCUGAUGGUAAUGAUUCUACUCACCAGAACAAAUUCAAUAAGCUGUAGUUGUUCUGGUGACUAUAGUGUCCCUUUAACUAUAUUCAUUGUCAGCUAGUCCACACAAGUUUACAUCCCUCUUAAGUUUCCAUACUUAAGUAAGAGUAUGUGAAAAGUAGUUAGGGUUGCCACCUUUCUUGGAAAAACAAUUUGCAUAAAUAAAUAUGUAUGGGUGACAUCACAUGAUGUAAAUCACAAGGAGUGACAUAAGAGAAAAUGCUGUAAAAUCACCAAAAAACUAUUUAGUUUAAAUCUGCUGUAAAGAUGGAUUCCUCCCAGUGCCCCCAUAUGUCGAUUACUCCAGUCCUCAGUGUUCCUAUGUAUCAGUGUCUCAGUGCCCCAUGUCUCCCAGUGUCCCAAGUGUCGUGUCCCCAGGCCUCCUUUUUUGCCUUCCCUAUGUAUCAGUGUCUCAAUGCCCUAUGUCUCCCUGUGUCCCCAUGUAUCCCAGGGUCCCCAUGUCACUAGGACACUAGGAAGACGGGGAGACCUGGGGACACGGGGAGACCUAGAGACACGGAGACACCAGUGACACUGGGAGACUAGGGGACUCUGGCUGGGACACAUGGGGACAAUGGGAAAAUAGGGGACACUUGAAGACAUGGGGACACAGACACCAGGGACAAAGAUACUAGAGACACUGGCUGGGGACAUGGGGACAUUGAGACAUGGGGGCACUGGGAGACAUGGGGACACUGAGACACCAGGGCCACAGACACUAGGGACACUAGCUUGGGACAUUGUGACACUUGAGGCACUGAGAGACAUGGAGGCACUAGGAGACAUGGGGACAGUGAGACACUGGCAGACUGGGGGCACUGGGAGACUAGGGGUCACUGGAAGACUAGAGGCACUGAGACACCAGGAACACUGGCUGGGAGACAUGUGUCCCCAUGUGUCUGUGUCAUAAUGUCUCCCAAUGUCCCUUAGUGUCUCAGUGUCUGCCAUAAUGUCUCCCAAUGUCCCUUAGUGUCUCAGUGUAUGUCUCCCUGCUGCCUUUCCCCCCAUCCCUUACUUCCCUGAGCUGUAGGCUGUCUCUGCAGGGUGGGAGUUGCUGUCUGGACUCUCUGUAGCUGCACCCCUGCAGAUCAGUGAGUAUAGAUAGGCAGGGAGGGAUAUGCUGGAACUUCCUAUACCUGCCUGUCUCCACAUGCAGCGACCCCUACUGGCCAGUGCUGGUAUUGCAUAGUAAUUUCCAUUUAUACUGAGAAAAAUACCAGCAUUUAUAUUGCCAGUAUCACUGCAAUAUUGGCACCAGCCAGGCAGCCUCAAAUACUGGCUGUGCCAAUAAAAUACAAGCCAGGUGGAAUCCCUAAGAGUAGUGUGUAAAAAAAAAAAAUGUAAAAAAAAAAAUUAUUAUUUUUUUUUUUAAAUCAAUGGGCCUAUUCCAUGGGCCUGGGCCUGGAGCUGCAGCUCCAUCAGCCCCUAUGUUAAUCCGGCCCUGGGGUCAUCCAGUUAUAAAUAGCAUUGAUGCAGUUGGAGUCAUGAUUCAUGAGGGAUGGAGAAAAAUCAGAAGAAGACUUGUCUGCCAUCAGUCAUACUGGAAUCCAUAAAAAUUAAUUAGUUUACCAAGGGAGGCAGUAUAGAUUAAAAGUAUUAGAACACCAAGGACAGAACCUGGGGGAAUGCCACCAAAGUGGGGUUGUGGAGUAGAGGAACAACAAGAAAAGGAGACACUGAAAGAGCGCUGGGAGAGGUAGGAGGAGAACCAUGAAAGAGCAGAUUAGAGAGAGACCUGGGUUUAAACAGGCCUGCAAUAAUGCUGAAGUGUGGAUGAUAUAUGCACAAAUGGGGUUAAUCAAGAGUUAGUCAAGCAAAUACAAACAACUGGGUAAGUAUCAAUAAAAUAAUGGUGGAUGUGUGAAAAAUUAUUAAAGGUAAGUAAGUGAGCCAAAAAUAUAUAUAGAGUAAGGCUGGUUAUACUAUUAAAAACAUAUAAGGACUAUCUAUUUCUAGAAUCCUAGAUUUUAGGCGCAAUGACCCAAAUUUCAACAAAAAUCUACUUUAUAUAUAUUUCAGAAUUAAAUGCUUUGCAUGUGUAUUAGGAGUAUUUGUCGGAUAACACGGAUAGAGAAAUGGAUAAUAUUUGACUUUCAUGUUUGUCAAUGUGUCCAAUGACUUUUUAAAUGGGUUUUGUUUUCUAGCACAGGCUGUAAGUAAGAUGCCAAAACUGGAAGUGUUGGACCUUUCUGCAAAUUCCGAGUUUGGAGUUUAUGUCUACAAAUUUAUAGAUGAUUUGAAGAGGUGCUCUUAUCUGAGGGAAUUGAAACUUCAUGGCACUGGAUUACAGCAGGACAGCAUCCAAUGUUUAAGUCAGUAAUGACCUAAUACUGUACUUUUACUAACACUCUGUGGAUAAACGUCACCCUUAGAAGAUGAUAGAUUUUCAUUAAUCUUCAUAGUACAAACAUGACGGGCACAGUCGGCACACUGAAUCUAUGUAACCACCCUAUAUCAACAGUAUAUUCAGUAUUCAGCUCACUAUUACAUAUGUGACUGUAUCUGCAGCAUUCCUCUUUUAAUCAUUUGAUUUUCAUAAAUAUUAACUCCUUGCUUUGACAAACGGUUCCAUUAUGUGUCUGUUUGCCUUUUGGAGAUAUUUCUUGAACAGUGAAAUGUGUGGGAAUUUGCUGAAGAUUUUACACGGUUAUUAAAGCGGAUAAAACGUUGCAUGUCUUUCUGAUUAACGAACUUGUCUCAAAUCUUGAAAAGCAGGACAAACCAGUUUCUUGUAAUAAUUCAGUUUGAUUGUUCUUUGGUAUUUUUGCUGUAAGACAGAGCCUUGGGGAAGGCAGGUUUAUUCAUUAUGCUUUUUUGACCUGUAUCGCUUUUGUUUUAUCACGCUGUGUUCCUGCCUAGUUUUUAGACAUUAUAUUGUGUAGCAUGCAGUCCAGACCUCGCGCAUGUGGAUUUAUUAGCUAUCUGUAGAAGAAUAGUUCAUUCUCCAUAGUAUCUGCAACUUACACUUGCACAAUUAAAGAUACAUGUUUCUCACUGAAUCAAUGCCAAGAGUCGAAGUAAAGGCCUAAAGGUAACUCCAAGUAAUCUCAGUCAGCACUGUCACAGACAUGUCCCAGUGCUGCCCUAACUGUAAACAUUUCCCCUUAGCCCUAUCCUACAAGCACAAUAACCACUAGAUCAACAAGUAGUGGUUAUGGUGCUACAACCGUGUCAAGAAAUAUGUUUUUCAUAAUUUGAGUUAAAAUUGGAAAUCAGUUAAAGUUGGGUUAUUCGUCUUUUUUUAGAUCAACAGCAGUAAUACAAAUGUGUAAAAAGGCUGGACUAGAUACAAUUGAGUCUUUUUCUAGCCUAAAUUGCUAUGUAACUGUAUAAACCAGUGGUUUCUAAACCAGUCCUGAAGGCACGCCUACCUGUCCAGGAUUUAGGGAUUACCCGGAUGUGGUAAAAACACCUUAAACACAACUGGGUAAUCCCUAAAUUCUGGACUGCUAGGCGUGCCUUUGGGACUGGUUUGGAAAUAACUGGUAUAAACCAUACACUUCCCCUACUAAUACCCAAACACCUAUACUUACCUUAACAGUAACCUGAACUUCAACCCUGACACACUAACCUUAGCCUAAAAAUAUUAUGUAAUGACAUUAUGUAAAUAACACAUGAACAUGUUGGAUGGUUUACUUAUAUGUAUUUGAGAAUUAUUGACACCUGCCCUUGCAUGUUUAUCAUUCUUCGAAGUUAUUGUUGUUUAUAGAGUAAUACUGUCUCUGUUCCUCCAAGGUUCUGCAUUUCAAUACUGGCCAUAUCUGCGGAAGCUGGACCUGUCCUGUAAUAAGAAAGCGGGGGGAGGAUUCCAAGAAGCAACUGCUGGGCUAACGUCUUUCAAACACCUGGACCUCUUGGAUAUUCACCAGUGUUGCCUUUCCAGAGAUGAUGUUGCAGCCCUGAGUAAUAUGGUUUUCUCAAUAUAGUUUCUGCUGCUAAUUGCUCGUGCGAUUAUUGGAUGUUGCUAUUUAAAUUUUAGUGUAUGUGACAGGUCUGUAGCGAGGAAGAUGCAUGUUGCAUGCUGUCUGUUACUUAACUGGAAGUAUUUUUAAAAAUUAAACACAUGGAUACCAAAUGUAAUUCUUACGUUUAAUAAAUAUGGCAUAUAUUUUAGAUUUUUAUAAAGAAUAUAUCUCUUAUCAUUAAAUCAACUUUAUCUUUUUAAGUUGCCGAAUAAUGCACAGAUUGUUAUAGCCAGAACAGUCUUAAUUGUGUACAGGAGAGGAAAAUGGCAAUGGAAAUUCAUGGUGCAGUGGGAUAGUCAAUCCCAGUGCCUAUUCUUGAGACACUACAUGUUCAUCAUGUCCAGAGACUCACAGGUAGAAAAGUGUAUCCAUAAUGAUAGGCCUCUUGGUGGCUGGAUGGAGUGGGGCUGACAUUAGGCCCUGGGCAAAAUGUAGUAGUGAAGCCACCCAAAAUUCACACACCAUUAUUAUCAUUUUUUAAUAUUAACAGUUGUAGAAGCCAUUUCUGACAUGACAGUCUAUCUCUCUCAGACACACUUACACUGAUCAGCUACAACAUUUAAACCACCUGCCAAUAUCAUGUAGUUCCCCCCUUCCACCGAAUAUAACACUGCCUCCACUGGCCUGCCUUCUUCCCCUAGUGCUUCCUGCUGCCAUCUCUUCCCCAGGUAAAGAUACACACACAUUGGGCCAUCUACCUGAUCUAAAAGAAAGCAUGAUUCAUUAGACCAGGAAACAUUCCUCCAUUGUUCCAAGGUCCAGUUCAAAUUGUUCACAUUGAAAGCAUUUUCUGACAUGGAUAUGGGUCAUCAUGGGCACUCGGACUGACUUGCAUACUGAGCACUUCAUGUUGUACCCCAUUUGAUUGCAGUUCCUUCUCUAGUACAAAUUCAAUAGGGACUGUAUUCAAAUGGCUGCAUCAGUUUACCAAGCACUGUAAAAAGGAAACUAUUCUGACAUCAUCUACAUAGUUAUCAGUUGGUUCCUGUCUAUUUUUAUUUAUUUGGGGUGGAGGGGUAAGUUGUGCUCUGUCCCUUUAAUUCCCUAUGGAAAGCAUACUCAAAAACAGACAAAAUCUGUAAAGCAGUACUAAUUGACUGACUGUACACACAUACUGUUGUCUUUUUAUUAAAAGUACUUUGUGUUUUUCAAGCCCAGGUCAUACCCUUGCUCUCCGAUCUCAAAGUGCUGAAUAUAUCAUCGAAUAAAAUGAUUGGUCAGUCUCCUGAACAUCUUUUCAGCCGACUUCGCUUUUUGCCAAAACUCAGGUCUGUGAUAGCCAGCAAUUGUGCCUUAACCAAAGAAUCUUUUGCCGCACUAGGUAAGUGUUGUAUGUUUGUUAUAUAGUAUAUGAAAAAUAUAGUGUAUAAGUCACAAAGCAAAGAAAACAGAUAAUUACUAUCUAAAUCAGUGGGUCAAAACAUUUUCAAUUCAGUGUAAUUUGGUAUUUAGUGAAUAAUCCUUCACUAUGAAUUUGUUGAUGCAGCUGAUUUUUAUUUUUGAAUUUGUUGAUAAGCCAAAUAUACUUUAAAGUUUUAUCUCAAUGAUGCUAAUUACUUUUUAUCCUCUUUAUAAAACUCAAGAGGUCUCGUAUGCUGGAGGCUCCAAUCACGUUUGAGUGGCUACAUAAUCUAUUAUCCUUUAUAGAUAAAAGAGCUAACCUAAAGAAAUGGCAUAGAGAACUCCACAAAAACCAAAAAUACAUUUUCUAACAUUAUACGAAAAUGGGCCAAGAAAAUAAAUGUUAUGAUUUUAUUUUAUAAUUCAUAAUUAAUUUUCUUUUUGCAAGCACAAGUGACCGAUUCAUAUAAUUCUAGCUGAAGCAUCUCGUUAUCUGUUGGAUCUUGAAAUCUUGGAUCUUUCCUGGAAUAAAUGUGUAGGCGGUAACCUCCAAUUGAUGUCAGGUUCUCUGAAAUAUACAACUGCUCUGCACAGCCUGAUCCUUAGUAGCUGUAACCUGGUGACUCAUGACCUGGCUGUUUUAGGUAUGUGUAAAAAUGUUUUUUUAAUAGGGAUAUCUAACCCAUCUGUGAGAGAUGCUUCCUGACAUAUUCAAAGGCACCGUGAGCUUUAUAGUAUUAAUAAUGUAACCAUUGAUCAUGGUUUGGACCUAGAAUACUCUGUGCAGAACUUGCAUAGAUUGUGAACAUUUGUAGACUCUUAAAACUUUGUUUUUCUGUUUGUUUUGUAAAAUACAGCUAAAAUUCUGGUAUUUUAAAAAUGAUGGAAAAACUGAAUGCAGGGAAGCCAUUUUAACAACAUGUUGCUAGAAUAUUAUUUAAUUUCAUCACCUUGUUUAAGACCACCAGUCUUUCUCUGUUUUAUUUUUGUAUUGCAUUAAAGACCAACACGAUAUGCAUUUACAUAACCUGAAUAAUUAAUCAUUUAUAAUAGCAAAACAAUGGUGCAAUAACAUGGGGAUUACAAAAAAGAAGAUUACCUGUAGGAGAGUAUAAGUAUCUCAAUAUGAAACCAUUAAGACUUGAUUAAUGGAGACUAUCUAAACCACGUAGAAUGCCAAUAAGCGAUUAAAAUUAGUGUCAGAUCCAUGACUUGUCCUCUAUUGACAGUGUACAGUUAGUACAGCUGGGUCUUUUUUUACCGACUUAACUAUAUCUAUCCUACACCAAGAUAUAUAGUGCAUUCAGACUCCUGUAUUUUUUCACAUUUGUUUUAGCCUUAUGCUACAAUUGUUUAAAUACAUUUUUUUUCUCAUCAGUCUACCCUCAAUACCCCAAAAUGACAAAGCAACAAAAAAACAUAUUUUUGACACUAUUGCAAAAUAUUAAACAUAAUAAUGGAAAUAUAUCAUAUUGGCAUUGGCAGGUUUUCACACCCUUAAUUCCAUAAUUAGUUGAAGCACCUUUGGCAGCGACUACAACCUCAACUGCCAUUCUGGGGUCAAGAAGGAAUUUUUUUCCUAGCUUGUUGCAAAAUUGUGCUUCAAACUGGGUUUUUUUGCCUUCUUUUGGAUCAACAGCAAAAAACAAAUGUGAGGAAGGCUGAACUUGAUGGACGCAAGUCUCUUUUCAGCUAUGUAACUAUGUAACUAUGUAACUCUUUUUAGAAAUUGUGUACUUGGAUUUGCAGAGUUUCUGCCAUCUGCCAUAUCUGCAGAUGCUCUCAACCUCUGUCAGCUUGGAUAGAGACCAUCAGUGGACAGCCAUUUUUAGGUAUCUCCAGAGCUGUUUGAUUGUGUUCAAGUCUGAAUUCUGGCUGGGCCGCUCAAGGACAUUCACAGAGUUGUCCCUAAGCCACUCUUGCAUUGUCUUGAAUGUGUGAUUAGGGUCACUGUCCUGUUAGGAUGUGAACUGUCAGUCCAGUCUGAGUGCUCUGGACCAGGUUUUCCGUAAGGGUAUAUCUGUAUUUUGCUUUUUACAUCUUUCCCUAAACCUAAAAUAGUUCCUGCUGCUGAAAGACACCCAAAAACUAUGAGGCCACCACCAUCACCACAGUGCUUCACUGUUGUGAUGGUAUUGCACGUGUAAUGAGUGGUGCCUGGUUUCCUCCAGACACAAUCCUUUGAAUUGAGGCUCUUGUUUCUCACAGUCUUAGAGUCUUUUAGUUGCUUUUUUGAAAAAUCCAAGCAAGCUUUCAUGUGUCUUCUAGUGAAAAGAGCAUUCUGUCUGGCUAGUGUUGCAGUGAUGUUCUCUUUCCACAAGUUUCUUACAUGUCAAUACAUGAUCUCCAAAGACAAUGUCACCAGUGGAUUUUUAGUAGCCUCUCUUGCCAAGGUCCUGUUUGCUCCAGGCAGCUCUGCCAGCAGCUUUAGGAAGAUUCCUGGUUGUUCCAAAAUGCUUCCAUUUAUGAAUUAUGGAGGUCACUGUGCACUUUGGAAUUGUCAAACUUUAUGCAACCUUUCCCAGAUCUAUGUCUUGACACAAUCCUGUCUCUGAGUUCGGAAGAAAGUUCCUUUGACCUUAUUGCUUGGUUUUUGUUCUGAUAUGACUUCACAACUGUGAGACCUUACUUUGACAGGUGUAUGCCUUUUCAUAUCAUGACUGAUCAAUUGAAUUUGAUACAGGUGUGACAGUGUAGAAAUAUCUAAAAGUUUAUCCAGAUAAAUGGAAUACAUCUGAGCUAAAUUUCAAUUGUUAUAGCAUUUGUCAAUGUGAUAAUUUAGUUAUUUAUUUUUAAUAAACUUGGAAGAUUUUCAAAAAGCUGCUUUUUGCUUUGUCUUUAUGGUGUAUUGAGUGUAGAUUGAUGUAAAAAAAAAGACAAUUGUAGCAAGUCAGAACAUAAAAAAUAAAAUGAAAAAUGGGUCUAAAUACUUUCUGAAUGUUUUGGUAAUGACAUCUACUCCUCCAGGGAUAUCCUGAUUUCAUUUACCAUAUUCUCAUUAUUAGGAGUUCUAGAAUCUUAACAUUUAAUACAAUCAACAUGUGGCCUUUUCAUCGGGCCAAUGCAAUGCUUGCAAUUAUGAUAUAAUUAGAUUAUUAAAGAAGAUUAGUCAUGGGUUUUGUUUUUUGUUAUAGAUUCAAUUAAUGUUUUGUUUGUCUUAAGAAUGAUGGUACAUAUUUUAAAUAAGGCAUUCUUAUGUACAUGUACAUACCAUUUCACCUAAUGGGCAUUUUGUUUUGGAAAAUAUGCCCAUUAGCUUAAAUAGUUCCUCUAUCUAUUAAAAUAACAAUAAUUUUCAGUAUUUAAACUAGAAAUGUUUAACUAUGCAAAAACUCAUUGACAAAGAUGCUUGUAUGAAAGUAUAACACUGUAAUUAUCCAAAAUCCCUAUUGAAUUAUCAGUGGCUUACAAAUUUUUUUUAGCCUUACAAAUUUUGCAUUAUAAUAAAAUUAACCUGUUUUAUGUAAUUGGAUACAAUGCAUGUAAUUAGCUAAAGAAUUUGCAAUUUAUUUUAGCAUCCACACUACAAGAUGGACACCUACAGAGAUUGCUUCAACUGGAUCUUGCAUACAAUGACACGAUUCCCGAUGAGGGAUGGGGUCUCCUUUUUGAGAGUAUAGGUGCUCUAAAGAACAUUACUGAAUUGGAUAUUAGUCUACGUCCUGCUUCCAGACGUAACUGUGGUCCUUGGUUCAUUCAUUUCUUGUCAAGCUUAUUGAAAUUACCUAAACUCAAAGAGGUGGGAAUGCAGCGAUGGGUGCUCUCCCCAGCAGAACAGCAGCAACUGGACCGUGUUUGUAAAGACAACCUCAUUCAUGUUAUUUUCGACUGACCCGACACAUUUUUAAAAAACAUUCCUUACAGGGACAGUGACAAUUGAAAAUGAGAAAGCAUUGGAAGCAUUCAGAUAUAAUGCACUCCUGUCUCUAUAGAGGUCCACAAAUAUAGUUAGAAAUAUACUAUUGUUAAUAAAGUUUUUAAUGUCCAUGAAUGUCUAUUCAAGAAAGUUGACUAUGUAUGUAAAGCAAUAAUGCAUUGUGGUUUAGAACUUUUUUAAUUAACAGAACAUAUUUGCUAUAAUUCCUGAUAUUGUCACAAAUAGUGCAGCAAAUUUGUUUAUUGCAACUGUUUUUUGACAAAUAAAGUUUUAACGCAAAAAAUGUACUGUAUUUUUGUAUACUGUAAAACAAUUAAGGCACAGCAGGGCUGUGCUUUAGAACAUUGAUAUUACUGUUUAAGAUGGAGUUCACCAAUGUUUUUGUCCAUUAUCAUUGUGACUCCAUGAAUAAAUUAUUUACAAUAGAAGUACUGAAACUUUUCUGAACCUUUAUCAGUAAUGGUGGUCUAUUAUAUGUUGGUAGUUUCCCUUUAACAUCAGUGUAUGUUAUGGGAAUAUCCUUGAAUGUAGAAGAAAAAGCUUGGGCUAUAGGAGUAGUAUGUUAGUAAUACUUAGAUGAUACUUAAAGGGACACAGCUUAUUGUAUUUGUUCUGGUGAGUAUAAUCAGUCCCUUCAUGCUUUUUGCAGUAAAUACUGUCUUUUCAGAGAAAAGGCAGAGUUUACAUUCCAGUCUAGGGAUACCUCCACUGGCAACUCCUCAGAUGGCUACUAGAGGUACUUCCUGGGGCAGUACUGCACAAUGUGCAGCACUAACAUUCAGUGUAUCCACCCUCUGCAUGGAGACAAUGAACUUUCCUCAUAGAGAUGCACUGAUUCAAUGGAU